UUUCCUAUUGCAGUAGGAUAAUGGCUUCAGUUGCUGAGCGGACUUUCAUCGCCAUCAAGCCUGACGGAGUACAGCGGGGCUUGGUGGGAGAAAUUAUCAAGCGAUUUGAAAGGAAGGGAUUCAAACUGGUAGCCAUGAAAUUCAUGCAUGCCUCUGAAGAUCUUCUCAGUGAACACUACAGUGACCUGAAGGAUAGGCCAUUCUUUGCUGGGCUAGUUAAAUAUAUGCACUCUGGACCUGUUGUAGCCAUGGUAUGGCAAGGCCUCAAUGUAGUUAAGACCGGAAGAGUAAUGCUGGGAGAAACUAAUCCUGCAGAUUCCAAACCUGGCACAAUUCGUGGUGACUUCUGUGUGCAAGUUGGCAGAAAUAUAAUUCAUGGCAGUGACUCUGUAGAAAAUGCUGAGAUUGAAAUCAACCUAUGGUUCACACCAGAAGAAAUUGUUGACUACACAAGCUGUGAGCACCCAUGGAUCUAUGAUUAAAACCUAAUGUAUUACUUGUGUAUUCCUUUGUUCUGUUUAUCUGGAAACAGUUCCUACCUCCAAUAUCCCCUAAAAUUGUUUCCCCAAAUGCCCUGUGUGAUUUAUAAAUGUUAAUUGUAUUUGUUGUGCUGACUGAAAGUUUUAUUUAACUAAACUGGAAUAUACUUUUAUUCAUUAGAAAAGGAAAUGGGGUGAGGACUGUUGAAGAAGAGAACACACUUUUGUUCUCCUUCAGCAGUUAUCCAACGCACAUGCUUAAUUUUAUUAUAUUUACUGUACUCAAUGGAGUCAACCAUUACUUUAGGUUGUUCAUAUUUAUGAGUUUGCAAGAUGAGAAGGGCUGUUUAGGGCAGCCCUGUUUAGGGAAGCUUUUAAUGUUUAACAGACUAUUGUAUUUUAAU